AUGAUUACUCUCACUCCUCUACUCGCCCUUGGCCUAGCCUACGCUUGCACAACUGGCGCUACAGUCGUGCCCCGAGACACCACAAAUUUGGGAUCUCACGAUAUCCAGCAUGACCGAAUCAUCAAGCGUAGUGACCGAGGCAGAUGGACAAUGUUCUGCGGUGGUACGCCUCCCACACAAGGCUCCCAAACUCGUGGAAGGUCCAUUGAGGAAGCCUGUAACAAUGCUUGCUACUACAUGAACUUCGUCAAGCCAGACUUUGUAGCAACCUACGAUUCCAACACAGACAACAACAAGAAUCGCAUUCACUCUGGCUGCCGGUCAAGAGAUGGUAGCGUCUGCAACAAAAUGCCGUUCAGCCAGAGAUGGCACGAUUUCCUUGGAGAUAACUACAACUGCGACGAAUUCCCUAUGGCAUCGAUGAAACAAGACGACUGGAAGGCUGGAACCGUUCGCAAUAGUCUUCGAUGUAUCGACGCUAAUCAAAACUCAGCUGCUGGCAGUCAGCUUUCAAAUUUUGAACGUGGUGUUGGCACCGGACUGGCAGGCAGAGUCGGUGAUGGACCACUGAAUGAUGGAGACACAUAUCAGAUCGCUUUUAACUAUGACGGAGCAGAUACAAGCAAACUAGGCUUCUGCCUCGACGCCCCAAACCCAGGCACCGCAGAUAUCUGGAACCAAUUCUUCCUAUCUUCCUACGGAGGCCAAACAACAGGGGGCCCAAUCCACUUCCCCUACCAACCAGAAACCGACAACCGCUACGCCUCUUUCGCAAACAUCGACGACGACAACGACUUCGAAGACAUCCUCCAAUGCCGUCUCAAAAUCCUCCGAACCGCAGGCGACAGUUACGAAGCCUGGACAUACGACAACGCAGGCGAGCAGAGAGGCCAUGCUUCUGCACAACUGACGGAAGAUCAACAGGCUCUGCAGAUCCCUGGAAGCGGAUACGUGAAAGAUACCUCAAUCGUCCGGUUGGGUGAAAUGGGAACUGGACGCGGCAGCGCUAAUCUUGUUUAUUAUGGUGUUGGCGUGCUGGCACUAUGCUCACAGUCUCGAGUCACUCGGACGAAGCCCAACUCGAAGCAGGCGUCUUACUAUGCUUUGCCGCAAGGCUGA